UCGAAUUGCAAUUGGUGAAUGCUGUUGCCUUUCGGCCAAUCACGGAGCAUUUCCUUGGAGAGUCUAGCGGCACAUUGCUUGCAUUGGAACAACAGUGGGCUCAAGGAGGAAGAAACGCUGUGGCACCAUGGGUGUGUUAUCCACGUUGAUGAGGGGCUUGGUAAGAGGAGCGGACAGACUGGCUGAGUUCACCAGUAAGCGUGGAUCAAGGACUCAUAAUAAAGGCAGGGGUGCAAGGCCCACCGGACUGAAGCUCUCCAGCAGAAAGUUUCUGUCCAUACGGACCAUGAUUCCUGAGUUUGUGGUGCCUAACUUGGAGGGAUUCAAACUCAAACCCUACGUAUCGUAUCGUUCUCCUCGAGGAACAGAGCCUCCACUCACAGCACAAAGUGUGUUUGCUGAAGUUGUGGCCCCUCGGAUCAAGAAAGACUUUGAAGAGGGCACUUUCAGCAAAGAACAGCUGGAGAAAUAUGGAUUUGAGCCCAACCAGGACGGAAAGCUCUUCAAGCUGUAUCCCAAGAACUAUGUGCGUUAAAGAUGCACUCGCAAUGUAAUGUAUUUACAAAGAGACAAAAAGCUGCAGACUAACUGGUGUGACACCUUUAGCCCUUGUGUUGUCUUCCCAUCAUUUUUGAUGCCUUUUUUCACAGUUUGUUUUUGCUUUUUGCAACGUUUUAAAUUGUUAAAAUUUUCUUCGUAAAUAUUUCCAGCGCGUAUUUCUACGUCUCAUAUUUUCUGAUAUGAAACAUAUUUAAAACGGGUCAAUUUGAACCAAAGUCAACACAAGGGUUAGGAAAAUCAUCACAAAUGGGACUGUAUAAUGUGUAGUGGUUGACUCUUUUGUUACUUGAUCAUCUGGCAAAAUAAAACUUAAGGGGCUAUGAUCCAUA